CCCUUAACAACACUACGAAGGCACUAGAAUCAAAAUAGAGGAACAAAAGUGCAAGAAAUCACCAAAAAAACAGCAGCUGGUGCGAAGCUCAUAACUUGAGAUUGAACCGUUGAAAUUCGAUCUCCACCGUUCAGAUUGAAGCUCCACAAGUCCUUAGACUCCUCCUAAAAUUUCAGCUCGAUCGGACAAGCUUUGGACCUCCGAUCGACCAAAAAACCAGGUCUGCAUUUUUCUGAAAAUGGCAGCGGCUAUCUCACUUCUUGCGGCUGUUUUUCUCUCUUUUUGUGCGUGAAUAUCCGUGUUGUGGUAGUAGACAGCUGCCAAACUUUUACUCUCAAAAAUAUGUGGACAAAAAUGCAUUGAAGACUUAUCCUCCAAAAAUAUUUGGGCCUUUUAAUUUAAAGAUGACACAUAGUUGGGAGCCCAAACCCAACGGUUCCGUUGUCUUCCUCAUUAGACAAGCAUCUUCCGAGUGCUGACCUUUGUUUUCUUGCAAGUGGAAUGAAUCUUAUCCGUACUCUGAGGAAGAGGAAGACCCAGGCCCUCCCACAACUCAAAUGAAAACGCCCAGUCACCGAGUGGGGCUCAAAAACUCAGCGAGUCCGCUCCGGUUACUGUCCUCGUCCCAAUCAAGGCUCCGGGAGACGUGAUUAUAAGGAGGAGGGUCAUUAGGGUAGAGGACGAGGAAGAAGGUCCAUGUUCUGACAUUCUAGAGCCGGAAACAGUGUUGGCCGAGCGCACACCCAAAUCCAGGGGCAAGAAGUCCAUCGUCCAAGGAACCAUCGAUGUGGAGGGCGGUAAUCACGCAGAGGCCAAGGCGAGGUUCUUGACGUCUACACUGAAGGAUGAGGACAAAGAUCUUUCGUACUUGCGAAAGAAUCUGGCGGAGGCGACGACCAAUUUGGAUGCUAUGAGUGCUCGCCGCUCCAGUGCGGGGUUCGUCUCAGGGGCCAACUUCCUUUCUUCCUUGGAGGCAGAGCUUGGCCGCCUGAAGAAGGUCGCUCAGGCCUAGGGUGAAUAGGGGUCUGAGCUAGCUCAAGGCCGUAUCAAAUUCGAAGGAGGCGAUCAAGCUAUAGGAGGUGGUUAAGGAGGUCGAGGAGUCCAUCUCCCAACUCAACAACGUGAUGGCUGCCCAGCAGCGGGACGCCGAUGAGAAGGUGGCUGGCCUCAAAGGAAAAAUGGCUGUUCUUGAGGAGAAACUUCAACUGUCGGAGGAGAGGAAGGCUGAGUUGGAUAUCAAGCUUGCAGAGGCUAUCUCUCGCUAGAAAUUAGACGAGCUUGAGAAGUAACAAGCGUCGCCAUGUUCGUAAAGUCCCUUACAAUCAAGGAGGUGUUGAUUGAAAAUUUUCCCAAGUACUUCAAGGAGUGGUCGAAGGCCGAGGCCGGCCUGCUAAUGACUGCUGACGACGGUGAGAGAUGGUUCGAGGGCAGCGCCUAUCAUGCGAUUGAGCUCGUCCUUCAGCGUGUUAGGAGAGUAAAUCCCUUUUCCCCUCCAGAAGUUGAUAUCCUGAGGAUGCAUGAUCCGGAUUUGAACAAUGAGCUCGGCCCUAACCUUGACUACAUGGGUACUCCGACGUCAGAUGAAGGUCUUCAAGCUGAUGGUGCUUAGACUGCACAUGUUCCUCCGGCCAAGGCUUUCCCAAACUUUUCUCUUUUUUUUUAAAGCUGUACUCUGCCCUUCCUUGUAGUGCUUUUGAUACUUAUGUUGAAUUCUGAAAUGGGUGCUUGUAUCUAUGACUUUGGUUUUUUUAUUUUGCUUCUGAAACUCUGUCUUCUAAUGGCCUGAUCCUUUGGUCUUUGGAAUAACUUUUCAACUGCCAACCAACCCGAUUUGACUUAUCAUAAAUGUUUCUGAUUACC